UGAAGAAAGUACGCACGUUUGAGUGAAUCCCUUCAAUAACUCAUACACGGGCUCGUCGCAGGGGAAGGGAAACGUCACGAUGAUGGCGAGUGCUUGAGAUUUUCACGAGACAUCUCACUGGGGCACAGGCUUUUUCAGUGGGCUGCACGAAGCAGCUGGGGGGCGACAAUGACGCCGCUCUGGGGAGUCGUAGUGACUUGGAGCUUGCUGGUGCUGUGUCCAGGCAUUGAGUCACAUUCGACUGCGGCCCACCUUUGGCAGCGCCUCCGCCAGAUGACCUUGCCCGGGAGACAACGUGACAGGCCGAGGCCCACGACGAGCAUGUUCGCGCUGGAGCCGGACCUUCGUGGACCUUUUCUGUACGGUCGUGGUAACUUACCUAGGCUUCCCUGGCAGAAGUUAUACGUGUACAACCGGCCUAUGGGCUUCCGCCACUGGCGUCGUGAGAAUCCACCAUCCAUGCGUGGCAGAAAGCUAUCUAAGAUCAAGGUAGUGAAGAAGUUUGUGACUGGAACCCCCGUAGACAGUACCGGUGUCGUAUUUCUUCUGUCGCCUCAAUUGAUCGCAGCCCCAGUGUCACCUAAACUGACCAUAACAUAUCCUGAAUCUGUUCCUUGGAUGAUGCCGGCAGUCGUCCCACCCAGCAAGCAUCAGCCACCACUAACGGUGAAAGCAGCCUCAAGGAACAAUACCCGGCUACGGUCCUUUGUGUACUUUACUGGGGCGCAUUCUUCGGAUUCACGUGUCCAAGAGGUAGCUGGUUCUAGCACGAAAGACAUCACCAUCAUCCACAACAGGAGAAAGUACACCAUCAGCGCAAAAAGCAAGGCGCGCCUAAAGGGACAUCCAGGCCUUGUAGUCCAUGUUAGAGGCAUGGGAGUGGACACAGGACAAUAACUAUCAAGUACAAGCCGGUCCGUGUAGAGCACGUCAAAACGUGGACUUUCUUGCCUUGGUGCUUCACAUCGCGACUUUCUGCCAGUUUUCCAGUAGUGUUAGCGGUUAAUAGAGUUCCAUGUCUCAGUCACUUUCAUUAGAAGCGAAAGCUUCGAGUUCCGAAAUGUUCAUAUUGAUAAGGCAUUGCUCACACAAAUGUCAACCAAAAAUAAAAGAGAACAAAAUAUGGACUCGCACAUACAUACUAAUAAUACUAUUGUUAAGACACAAAAUAUUGUGAUUAUGAGAAGUGUACCAGCAAAGAUAUUUGGCCCAACCAUGUACCUGAAAAAAUGCUUUUGCCGCUCCUAACUUAAGCCUAAUAUGAUAACUUGACUAAAUUUGAGUCAGUUACAAUUAUUAUAGGCAAGGCAUAAUCAAGCCAGAGCAUUAUUUGAAAAAGAAUACAUGGGCUGAAAUACAUUUCACAUCUUCUAAACUUCAUCUGCCCGGACGUUACUCUAUGCUUGUGGCUCAUGGUACGGAUUUUAGUAAGAUAUAAUAUUCCUGAAUAAUAGAUGCAUAGUAGCUCUUUGACUCGCCUGUGUAACGCUGUCCCUCUGCACCGAAGCAGUGCCAAGUAGGCCACGCCUUCCCUCGCAGUGCGCGUGCGUGACGUCACUUUCUCCCUAGCCUAUCGCUGCUUGUCGCGUGUCAUCUCUCUCACUUCCCCCUCUCCACUGUUUGCAACGCUUUAGCCCACUCCUCACGUCGGCAUCAAAUCCUCACCCGCACAGCCUCUCUAUCUGUCGGCGAAAAGAAACCGCAAUGUUGGCGCGCUGCGCAUGCUCGCGCGUCGUCGUCUGGACCGGUCGUAGUACCGCGGUGCCGGCAAUUGGAACAGCGCGCCGCUGCUUGCUGCGCGAUCACGGUGACAGGUGGGACGCCAACAGGGCAUGCUUGCUGCUAAUAUGCGAGUACCUUUCCCGGCCGUCGCCAGCGUUGCGGGUUAGCGAAGCCGAUCGCGUUCGCGAAUGGCGACGUCGCGCCUGGAACACCGAGGAGGCGCGAGCAUGGGAAGCCGAACGCAAGCGUUGGCAGUGGAAGACCAAUGACACCGAAGACGUGCGAGUCAAGAACCGAUCACGUUCGAGAAUAGAGAUGGUGCCCGGGUAACAUCGACGAGACGCGAGCCGUGGCAGCCAAGCGCAAGCGUCUUCAACGCGUCCCUUCUCUUGUGUCUUAGCAUUUCAAACAAACGCUACACCAAGUUUUUCUUCAAACUGUUCUUCCAGCAUCCGCUCCGACGCUCGUUUUAAACGCGCCAACACAGUGCGCACCGCUGCUGCUUCGCAUACCAUCAAGUUUCCCUUCGGGGACAUGGUCUUUAGUUUUUCUUGAAACGUUGAAUAUAUACGCAAUCAAAUGAAUGAAAUAAGAUAUGCACAGACUUCGAGGUCACUUGUCAAGACUAGAUAGCUAUGCUUAGAAUGUAACUUGAAUACCACACACGUGGCCAAUGAUAUUAAGGCGGGUUGUUUUAGUAUGUGAGUAGUUAAGUCUUUGCAUCUCGUUGUCCUAUUAUGGGCAAGUACUUUUUGUGUUAUAAUGAUGCACAGAGUUGAUAGCAACUACAACUCUUAUUGUACUUUUAUAUGUUGACAUUUGUUUUCAACCUUUUCUUCUACCUACUUCUCCUAUACAUAUCAGUUUAAAUUGCAAUAUUAUUGGAAGCAUGUUCCUCCAACAAAUGUUGUUCAGCUUACUUGCAGUUUUUUCCCAAUUUAUGUAACAUUAAGCAGUGAUAAUCAUACGUUAUCAAACGUGCCUUUAUAUAGGAGGGUUACAAAUAGUACAGGUGAAUCACCUCUGUUAUUUUAUUUUUCAAGUUUAGUUGAAGCAUGGCGUCUAUUUGCAGUAUUCAUGCAUGUUUCAGCGCUGUCAAACGGGCAGUCGUAUCUUUAGACCUGAAAUGUUAGAAACAAAGAGAAUAGGAUGACCACAAUAUUCGAUACUCGUAGAGCUUACUUUUUUGAAACAUGUGCAUUGUGUAUAUUUUCUUAGUGAAUGUGCAACAUAGUUUAUUGAAUGAUGUUACACUUUAACUAGGAAAUUGAAAGUUGAUAUUCAA